AUUACAUUUACAUCACCACAACAACAGCGCGAACAAGAGAAGCGCAGGACAAGAACACGCGGCGACCAAGACGAAAUGGGCCUGUGUGUGUCGUACGACGCGGCGGCCGACGGCCCGGCGACCGCGAGGGUGGUGCUCCCCAGCGGCGAGCUCCGGGAGUACUCGCCGCCCGCGACGGCAGCGAUGGCUCUUGAGGAGGUGGGGCACCAGGAGUGGUUCCUCUGCGACGCCGACGCGAUGGGGUUCGAGGGCUCCGUCGCGGCGGUGGCCAGCGGCGAGGCGCUCCUGCCGGGGCAGAUCUACUUCGUGCUCCCCAGCGACAUGCUGCGCCGCCGCCUCGCCCCCGGGGAGGUGGCAUCGCUCGCCGUCAAGGCCAGCGCCGCCCUCGUCAAGGCCGCCACCGUGUCAUCAGCCGGCAGCCGGCGCCGUCGGGGCUCCGUGGCGCCGCUCGUGUUUGAGCCGUCCGAGGAGGACUACUCGGCCGAGGAUGUCUUCACCAUGGCGACGUUCGCGGUGAAGCCGAUGGUGGCGCAGAAACGGAGGGUGGCGUACCGAGGCGGCAGGUCGCCACCGAGGUUCUCGCCCGACUUAACCGCCAUCUCCGAGAGCGAGUAGACGUGCAGCGCAGACGAGACUGCCAAAAAAGGGCAUUUUUGCACAUAGCCUUGCCUUGCCUGGCCGCGACUGAGGCGUUGGCCUGGCCGCUGAUGCUAGAUCGGACGGCGAAGAUGCGGACAUAGCCGCGGCACAUGCUUGUGGAUAUGUGGAGUUAGUUUCUCGGAGUGGUAUAGAAAUAGUCACGUCAGAAGCAUUGUAUAAAUAUUGCACAUACAGAUAUGUCAAUAUAGUGUAAAUAUUGCGCCCGUGAAAAAAUAUACUCCUUCCAUCCGAAAA